UUCGGUCCUUCCCUCGAACUCUGCCUGCUCUUCCCCCCGACCGCCUCCCGUUCCCACGUCUGUUCCGCCUCCGCUGCAAGUCUUUGUUGGAUGGAAUAAGGGAAGGCGACAAGCUUGCUGGCAUUAAGGAGCCCGACCUGAUCCUCUCCCCUCCCAAUCCAUUCGGCGUAUCUUCCGCCAUACUCUUUGCUUCCCUAUUCAACGCUGGCGGGGCCGUCUGUUGGUCCUGCGGGCUCCCCAUUCUGAAGGCAUGAGCGGAAUCACGAACGCCUGUCUGUCCUGCUUCUCGACAGUUGACCGAUGGUGCCAUAUCUCAGCUUGUCUCGGCCCGAUCGGAGGCCGCUCAAGGGAUGGCAUUUAUGAAACCACCUUGGCAGACAACGAGCGCGAAGCAGUUUCCGAUCUUCUAGGUUACCUUGAAAACAGGACCGAGACCGACUUCUUCGCCGGUGAACCCCUUCGGGCCUUGAGCACCCUCGUCUAUUCCGAUAAUGUCGAUCUCCAACGGAGCGCCAGUCUGACAUUCGCUGAAAUCACGGAGAGAGAUGUGCGCGAGGUCGAUCGAGACACGUUGGAGCCCAUCCUCUUCUUGUUGCAGAGUUCGGACAUUGAAGUUCAACGUGCUGCCAGUGCAGCACUAGGCAACUUGGCUGUAAAUGCGGACAAUAAGGUGCUGAUCGUCGCUUUGGGAGGACUGGCUCCUCUAAUACGGCAGAUGAUGUCACCCAAUGUGGAAGUGCAAUGCAAUGCGGUCGGUUGCAUUACAAACUUGGCUACCCAUGAGGAUAAUAAGGCCAAGAUCGCUCGAUCCGGUGCCUUGGGCCCGUUGAUCCGUCUAGCGAAGUCGAAGGACAUGCGUGUACAACGAAAUGCCACGGGGGCGUUGCUGAAUAUGACACACUCAGAUGAUAACCGACAACAACUUGUCAACGCCGGCGCUAUCCCCGUUCUUGUUCAAUUGCUUUCCUCUCCCGAUGUGGAUGUACAAUACUACUGCACUACCGCCCUCAGUAACAUCGCUGUCGACUCGUCGAAUCGCAAGCGCCUGGCUCAAACCGAGUCCAGGCUGGUUCAAUCGCUGGUGCACCUGAUGGAUUCGUCAACACCCAAGGUCCAAUGUCAAGCGGCGUUGGCACUGCGCAACCUUGCCUCGGACGAGAAAUACCAGCUCGAAAUUGUUCGAGCCAAGGGUCUUCCGCCCCUUUUGCGACUGCUGCAGUCAUCCUACCUUCCUCUCAUCCUAUCCGCCGUCGCGUGUAUCCGCAACAUCUCCAUCCAUCCUCUGAACGAAUCGCCUAUUAUCGAUGCGGGCUUCCUCAAGCCCCUGGUGGACCUGCUGGGAUCGACUGAUAAUGAGGAGAUUCAAUGUCACGCCAUCUCGACCCUCCGGAACCUUGCCGCAAGCUCGGAUCGAAACAAGGAGCUGGUCCUGCAGGCCGGCGCUGUUCAGAAGUGCAAGGACCUCGUCCUCCGUGUGCCCCUCAGCGUUCAGUCUGAAAUGACUGCUGCGAUCGCGGUUCUGGCUCUGAGCGACGAGUUAAAACCGCAUCUCCUUAACCUGGGGGUGUUUGACGUCCUGAUUCCUUUGACGGAAUCGGAAAGCAUCGAAGUGCAAGGGAACAGCGCUGCGGCGCUGGGAAAUCUUUCCUCUAAAGUGGGUGACUACUCCAUUUUUGUGCGUGAUUGGGCAGAUCCGAACGGAGGUAUUCACGGAUACCUCAACCGCUUCCUCGCCAGUGGCGACCCGACAUUCCAGCAUAUCGCCAUCUGGACUCUGCUUCAACUUCUGGAAUCAGAGGAUCAAAGACUCAUCGGCUAUAUCGCCAAGUCCGACGAUAUCGUUCAGAUGGUCAAGUCCAUCUCCGACAAGAACAUCGAAUCGGACGAGGAGGAUGCUGAAGACGGGGAAGGCGAGGUCAUUGCGCUGGCUCGGCGAUGCCUCGAGUUCCUCGGGAACGGUCACAAGCUUGUAGAAGCCUAAAUAUUCCUCCCUUGACUUUAAUCCUCACCUCAUCUAACGACCUGUGUAUGGCUUUGGACCAUCCCCUUUCACUUCCCUAUUUAUCUUCGACCGACUUCUUUUCUUCUCUUCUCUAUCUGUGUUCCCACUGCCGUUCUUAUCUAUAAGUUGAGCCGCCUUGUGUUCCAAUGUGUUGACCCAUUGAUGUCUAGCUGUCCAAGGUGUUAAGCGGGCAUGUGCUUCGGUGUCUCUUUUGAUUCGUGUCAGCGAGCAUUCGGUGUGCUUGAGAUCGUUGUCCGUUUGUUGUCUAUAGUCACUUCUCUGAGGGAGAACUGACGCUGUGCCGACUUUUAAUUGUGUCUGCGCAUAAUACUGUAUUCACCGUUAGAGGAUUUCGAGUCUAUACUUGCAAUACAUUGAU